AUGUCUGCCCUCUUCAGAACCGCUCCCUCCCUGCGCGCUGGCCUCCGUGCCUCCGCUGCUAAGCCUCUUGCUGCCAUGGCCAGCACCACCUUUGUCCGUGGAAAGGCUACUCUUCCCGACCUUGCCUACGACUACGGCGCCCUUGAGCCCUACAUCAACGGCACAAUCAUGGAGCUCCACCACUCCAAGCACCACCAGACCUACGUCAACGGCCUCAACUCGGCCGUCGAGGCCAUCGAGGAGGCCAAGGCCAAGAACGACCUCACCACCGCCGCCGCCCAGGCUCCCCUCCUCAACUUCCACGGCGGCGGCCACAUCAACCACACCCUCUUCUGGGAGAACCUCGCCCCCAACGGCAAGGGCGGCGGCGGCGAGCCCGAGGGCAAGCUCCUUACCGCCAUCAACGAGGACUUUGGCUCCUUCGAGGCCCUCAAGAAGCAGACCAACGCCGCCCUCGCCGGCAUCCAGGGCUCCGGCUGGGCCUGGCUGGUCAAGGACAAGUCCUCGGGCACCCUCGGCGUCGUCACCCGUCUGAACCAGGACCCCGUCACCGGCAACCUCGAGCCCCUCCUCGGCAUCGACGCCUGGGAGCACGCCUACUACCUCCAGUACCAGAACCGCAAGGCCGAGUACUUCUCCGCCAUCUGGGAGGUCGUCAACUGGGGCACCGUCGCCAAGCGGUUCGAGAAAUAG